UGGGUUAUGCCCCUUGGGUGUUGAGCGACAGUCGAGGUUUGUGGUUUUGUCAGAUGAUAUUUCUUUCGGAUCGUGUUUACACCUGAGAUGAGGAUGUCACACCCAUACCUUGACAGGUUCGUCUCGGAACAGACCGAGGCCCCGGAUACUCUGAUGGACGAUAUCGACAUCAACACGGGGAUCAUCCCAAUACGACAUUCCAGCCUCCCUGGGCAGGUGAAGCUUCCCAAGCGAUACGAGAAGGUGUGCAGGGAGACAACUCUCAACGGCAGGACCCGGAAGAUAAGUCAGGCGCAGGUGCAGAAAGAGGGUUUGGGAGAUCGUCUGGACGACCUCAUGCAAGCUAUGCUGUGGGUCAAGCAGGAGCUGAUUCUACUUCGCCAACACGACAUCCUGCUAAAGAGACAGUUUUUUAAUAUACAAGACACCAUCCAUUCCCUCCAGAGGCCCAAGCCAGAAGAACAGUCCUCAAGUCAACACAAGUCCAAACAUCACGUACAUUUCCACGACAUGGACAAUUAUCUGCUGGAUAACUUCGUGGUGCGUCCGUCGUCAAGUGUGACGUUGUUAAACGACGUUGACGAGGGCGAGGAGGAAGAUGACACUUUUAGACCUCGGACAUGUUCAAUGAGAACAUCGCGAGAUCUCGCAGCGUUGGCGAGGCGACGCGGGAGUAAAGAAUUGGUUUGACGAACAGUGACAACAAAGAGUUGUUUUCGAGGAACAAUAACUAAUGUGAUCGCAACCCAACAGAUGCUUGCAUGUCUGGACUUUCAUAUGAUAUAACUUUCCACAGGACAAAACGCAGACUUUACCCCCCACUGGUCCUCAAUACGAAUAUGCAACUUCGACUAGGCAGCUAGCUCUGAUGGAUAUAUUCGCCAUGGGUUGUUAUGUCACUGUAAGUGAUCUCUCUACAACUCAGAGAAUCAGCAUGUGGUUGGGAAGCUCGUCUGGCUGGGCUCCAUCGUGAAACAAGUGUCCAUUUCAAUCUCCAGCUGCUGUAUCAGUACCAGCGUCCUUGUUCGACUCCCUACGAAUGCAUGGAAUGUUGUGUACUUCAGCGCCUGUCGGGUACAUUACACGAUGCCUUGUAACAAGUUGAUAGGAGAAUAGUAUCAAACAUAUACCGCUACUGUUAUCUAAUGGAGGGAGAUAACGGGCAUUAACCAAGGUGCCAUAUGCGAUAGACAUAUGUUUUUAACAACGUUCUAAUACGGGGUAGUGCUGGGGGGGUUAUGUGUGUGUCAGUGGCGGAUCCAGAACCCCCUCCUUUAAAAAUUCCUGGAUCCGCCCAUCCCAUUCCUGGAUCCGUGUGUUAUCUGUUGUCGGGAUUUUAGCGUGUUAUACACCACCAGUCGUAACCACCUGCAUCGUCAUUAUAUAAAAUCAGCGUAAUAGUUUAAAUGGGAUGUAUCAGUACCUUUUAACGUAACCAUGUUACACAACUACGUGAAUUUUUCCUAUUUUUCUUAGCACUGUGGGGUAACGAAGGCAUCAAUUUGCCGAUCGGCGCGUUAUGGGUUUCAAGAAAUAUAGGUUUGGUGGAAUAAUAAUUCGUAACAUUAUAUUCGUUUUCCAUUACCUAUAGCUGAGAUGUAUCGGUGUCCAAGUUUUGUUACUUGACUGAAAUGUAUGGGAUAUUUGAUUGAACGAAAGCAAGAUGCGUGAUAACUGGACAAGGAUCUACAUACACUCUUGGAUUGGAAGUGCACCAGACGCUCUGUGAUUGGUCGAAGGCUAGAUGCUCGAUAGUAGGAGCUGAAUUUGCUUGACGAUUGGACAGGAACUGUGUAAUAGUCUGUCGAAUUGUUCAUGAUUGGUUGAAGAACUAGACACUCUAUAGUUUGACGAGAACGAGUUGUUCGAUGAUUUGACGAGAGCUAGAGACUUCACAGUGACAAGAACAUGGUAGAUAGUCAUAAUCUUGAUAAAACUGAUGUGCCAUAUUUCUUCCGCUAACGGAAUCAAUGUGAAAUACACAUUUACAUACACUGUUAAUACACACGACAACAGCAUUGUUUGUGGACUUAUACGGGUGAUAUGAUGUCAUAUAGCCUACAAGAAGUGUAUAUGAGGCGAUAUUACAAAACGCCGUGCAUUUGCUUCUGUUGAUAACUGAGUGUUCAUUUUACAACGAUCACAGUAACUGUGGUAUUCCGUCACCUCAGAUAAACCGCUUCACUUCCAAAUGUACAGAUGCCUUAAUUAGAACACCAUUAGACCUAUGUGCAAUAAGUGAUUGUUUACCACAUGUAUGCGGUAUUUAUCUCUUCCCUGUACAUGACUUUCAGGGCUAUAUAUUUCCUGUAUCAGAUUUCCCGAAUAUUGAAAUCAAUAAAUCAUGCAUUCAAAUAUAACAAA